AUGGAAAGUGAAGGUACAUAUACCCCAGAGGUCUUUUUCUAUUUCAACUGGGCCCUGAUGAAAAAGGGGGAAGUAGUUGAAGAAGAUCAGUACCGCCAAGCUGAUAUUGGUGUUUUUGGUGGUCUCAUGAAGACCAAAUACGGAGAAGGAUCAGGAGAAUUCAUCAUGGAUGGUGGAUGUAAAGUUUCUGUAGCGACUCAUUACCAUUUGAGUUACAAUGAAUCACUCGCUGUAGUUGGUUCGGGAGAUUUUCUGGGCAACUGGGAAAGUUCCGGUUCUUCUAAAUGCUUCAGUAUGAACGAUGUAUGGAGUACGAAAUUCGAGAUGAAACAAGAGACGACUGAAGAGUUCAGGCUAGUGAUUUUGAACAGGGAGAGCGGUCAGAUAAAAAGAUGGCAGGACGGUGGAAACCGGGUGAUAAAGAUAGAAGAGGGGCUGAAUUCUAAAAGUCUGUAUGUCCCUUGGGCUGGAAGAUAUCUACAAGAAGGAAUAAUAAUACCUAUUAUUACGAUAGUCGAAUGUUUCGACAACAGCAAUAAACCUAGAAAAACUUUACCAAGGACAACAAUUACUCUAGAUCUCCAGGCUUUGAUCGGAGUCGAACACGGAGACACAGACGGGGGACAAGAAGCUAAUAAUAACUGUCAAGCAUCGCUACGUCUUGCGGUUAAAUCGGAUCUUGGUAUCUGCUCAAAAGAUGACAGUCAAAAAAGUACAACAGAGGACGUUGCAAAAUCUGGCACAAGUGAGGUGCGGCUAUUACUCCCCGAAUCUCAAGUUUCAAGCCCAAGAGAUCUUCCAAAUGCUAGCUUACGUCAGCUACCAUUUUCUGUCGCAGACGACUGUUGUAACUUGCCUCAUCAAGGUAAAAGUGAAGUAGACAAUUUUUUUGAAAGCGUCUGGGUGUCAAAGAAGAACAUAGACGCUGUAUUGGCGGAAUUGUCUCGUAUGACUGAAGAAAAGCUUGCAAUGAGGAUCAAUGGUGGUUCAAAGAAACCAACUGCUAUAGAAACUGCUCUGUCGAUAGGAGAUUCGACUCCACAGGACCUGAAGCAAAAAGUUUCAAUUGCUGUGUCAUCCAGAGUUCCUCGUCCAGAUGUCAGUGAAACUUUAAAGCCCCGGCCAUAUUUUGCUGCUAACGAAUUUCUAGAAGAAACUAAAAAUUCAGAAUAUAAAUUGCCUGAAUAUGAAAGAACUUGGUCAUCUGGAAACGCCAUAGACGCUGUGUUGGUGGAAUUGUCUCGUAUGACUGAAGAAAAGCUUGCAAUGAGGAUCAAUGGUGGUGCAAAGAAACCAACUGCUAAAGAAACUGCUUUGUCGACAGGAGAUUCCAGUCCACAGGACCUGAAGCGAAAAGUUUCAACUGCUGUGUCAUCCAGAGUUCCUCGUCCAGAUGUCAGUGAUAGGUUAAAGCCCCUUUUCUUUUUUAUAUUUUAUAUUGAAGUAUUCUUAUUUAUAUUUUGUAUAUUUUGGUAA